AUGGGCAAAGACAAAACAAAGUGGAACACGUUUGAUCGUUUUUGCGAAAUACUCGCAACCACAUUACCUAUUUGUUCAAAUGAGCUCUAUUCUCAUGGAAUGACAAAUUCAAAAGCAGCAAGCAAAGUUUUCAAGAAGCUCCAAUUAGAAACAAAAAAAAAUACAAAUUUCACAUUUCCUACUGCUAAAGGUUCAAGAAAAUACAAAGAUGGUUUACCAGCAACAUGCAACGCCCCAAAAGAUGACAAACGUGUGAAAGAUUUUUUUGAUACUUUCAUUCAAGAAAACAAGAAAUGGAUUGUUAACGAGAUUGAAAAAGAGAUUUCUGCUCACUCCAACAAAAAACAAUCAUUGGCUUCACAAAUUCAAGGUGACAGUAGUGACAGCGAAUCAGAACAUUCAGAUCAGGAUGAUGAGAAAGAUGAUUUGGAUUGGAUUGAUGAUAAUGGCAACGAUUUGCAGGAAGUUAUGUAUAAAGAAGCGCAAGAUAAAUUGAGAGACAAUGCGAAAAAGCGUACAAGAAAAGGUGAUACAGACAAAAGCGUCUCUCCUGUAUUCAAAAAAGCUCUUGCUUCUAUUCAAAAAAAAUCAUUGGUCAUUAAGAAAGAAUUGGACGAGUCAAAGACCAAGGAAACACCUUCAAUGGCUCCUGAGCUUGAUAUAUGUGGCAUGGAUUUGCAUGAUAUGUUUGAUCUUGAUCCAAAACCUGAGUCAACACCACAAGUUACUACGUUCAAAUCACCUGUUUUAGAAUUCCAGAUUUUCAAAUUGGAUCAGUUAAAGAAGCAAAUUUUUAUUAACGCUAAACAAGACUGUGAUACUAAUGAUAAGGAUAUGCAAAAUUCGACAAAGUUUUUAAAAACUAUGAAAGACAUGGAAGAAAAUAAUUCAAAAGUUAUUGCAGAUCAAUUAUUGAAAGUUCAGAAAGAAAAGGAGGAGUUACUUGAGAGAUUUAAAAAACAAGAAGAAGAUAUUGCAAAACAAGAGGAACAGUAUGUAAAACCUUUGACCAAAUUGGUGAAUGAAGUUGCAAAAUUGAUUGAGGUAAAGAAAGAGAAGAUUAGACAAAAAGAGGAAGAGGAGAAAAAUCAAAUAGAAGCAAAUUAUCAGAGUUUAUUUGAUUAA